UGCCAACAAAACAGAGUGCACAAAGUAUCUCUUCACAUUAUCACUAAUAAUUGAGAUUGCACUAAGAAAAUCAGCUUGCCUAAAUGAGGACCCCUUCUCUUGUUGGUAGCCAGGAUUCGAAGGAGAUACACUGUAACCUGUGCCACUGGUAGAAUAUUUCUGGAAGCCAUUCUUCAUUGCAGAAAAUGUCCACAAAUUUGGAGCACCUAUCUCUGCCUUGCAGAACCCCCAAAAGACUCAAGGAUAUGAAGACAAAAGAUACCCUGGAAGGAAGCCACUGGAGGAUAUGCUUUGCCAAAACAAGGGAGUAAUCCAAAUAAGAACUCAUGGGAUCCUGAAACUGUAAUAUCUCACAAAGGAGAUGUAAGAAUGAAAGUCCCAGGAUGACCACUACAUCCAAUACCACUUUUGAAAGUAAUUUUUCGGCCGGCGCUGCAGCUCACUAGGCUAAUCCUCCGCCUUGCGGCGCCGGCACACCAGGUUCUAGUCCCGGUCAGGGCGCCGGAUUCUGUCCCGAUUGCCCCUCUUCCAGGCCAGCUCUCUGCUGUGGCCAGGGAGUGCAGUGGAGGAUGGUCCAAGUCCUUGGGCCCUGCACCCGCAUGGGAGACCAGGAUAAGUACCUGGCUCCUGCCUUCGGAUCAGCACAGUGCGCUGGCCGCAGCGCACCAGCCGCGACAGCCAUUGGAGGGUGAACCAAUGGCAAAGGAAGACCUUUCUCUCUGUCUCUCUCUCUCACUGUCCACUCUGCCUAUCAAAAAAUAAAAAAAAAAAAAUAAAUAAAUAAAUAAAUAAAAAAUAAAAAAAGAAAGUAAUUGCUCAAUCUUCUGCCCACUUGUCAAUUAGAUUAUCUUUUUUCUUAUUGAUUUGUAAGAUUUUUUUUCACUUAUUUUAGAGGUAGAAAGGGACAGACAAAAGAAAGGGCUCCCAUCAUCUGCUGGUUCACUCUCACAAUGCUCCCAAGGGCUAGGGUUGAAUUGGUCUUGAAGCCAGAAGCCAGGAACAAAAUCCAUGUUUCCCAAGUGAGUAGCAGGAACCCAUUUACUUGAGCCAUCACUGCUGCCUGUAGUAACAAUAAGCUGGAGCCAGGAACCAGAGUCUGGUAUUCCAAUACAGAAUGUGGACAUCUUAACUGCUAGGACAAACAUCUGCCCCAGGAAUCCUUUAUAUACACUGUGUAUUAUAUGCUUGUCAGAAAUAUGUGUUAUGAAUAUCUGCUGCUCUUGUAUGCCUUAUGUUUUCACUUUCUUAAUGAUAUAUAUACUUUGUAAAGUAGUUUUUAAUUUUGAGGAGAUCCAUUUCAUCAGGUCUUUUUGUAUUAUGGUUAGUGCUUUAGCAAAUCUUUACUAACUUAAAUGUUAUGAAGAUAUUCUCUGAUAUUAUUUUUAGAAGAUUUACAGCUUUAGCUUUCAUAGUUAAGUCACAUUUUCAGACUUGAUUAAUGAGAACAGAAUAUUUUAGAUAUCUCAUUUUCCUCUGGUACUUUCUCCUUUUCUUCAUACUCUACAUUCUUUAUCCAAUUAUUUAUAAUAUAAGGAAAAGAUAAAUUAAUUAUGGUUUUACAAUUUUCAGAUUGCCAGCAUUGUGAGGAAUUUAUCCUAUAAAAUCAGAUACAUCAAGAUCAAUUUACUAGCUUUAUAAAAUUGUGUACCUAGCCUGCCCCAGCUUUAAUUUCCUAAUCUGUAGAAUGAGAAUAACAAGUACCUUACAGGAGGCAAGUAUAGGUGUGAAGGGUUCACACAGUACCCAAAGCCCAUUGGUGGUCCAAUAAAUGUUCUUACACCCCCACAUUUCGUACAGAGCUUAAUUCUUUAAAAAAAAAAAAAAAGAUUUAUUUUUUAUUUGAAAGAGUUACAGAGAGAGGUCGAGACAGAGAGAGAGGUCUUCCAACCACUGUUUCACUCCCCAAAUGGCUGCAACAGCUAGACCUGAGCCCAUCUGAAGCCAGGAGCCAGGAGCUUCAUCUGGGUCUCCAACGUGUGUGCAGGGACUCAAGGAUUUGGGCCAUCUUCCACUACUUUCCUAGGUGCAUUAGCAGGGAGCUGGAUCGGAAGUAGAGCAGCGGGACCCGAACUGGCAUGCAUAUGGGAUGCCCGCAUUGCAAGCCAGGGCUUUAAGCCGCUGUGCCACAGCACCGGCCCCCAGAGCUUAAUUCUUUCCUGCCUUCUAUUCAUUUCUGAUAGUAUAAAGGAACACAAUAAUCACAAUCCUGGAAAAUCCUAGGAGCUGCAGAGGACUCUUUCCAACACAGGCUAGAUCAUGGUACUAUGAUUACAGUAGCUAUCUUCCAAGAAGCUGAUAUGGGAAUCUGAUUUUCCCACUGUCUUCUAUUAUAAAGUUAAGAGUAAAAUGUAUCCUACUGGAAAAUAUUUUGGCCCCAGACUUAAUAAAAUCAUAUUUAAAGAACUAAAACUUGAGAUUAGCCUGCAGUUUUACUAAACUUUAGUGUGAAUGAGAUCAUCCAGAGUAGUGGUUCUCAAUUUGAAAUCUACUAAACAUCACCUUUAAAAAUUUUUUUAUUUAUUUAUUUGAGUUGCUGAGUUACAGAGACAGAGAGUGAGAGAGAGAGGUCUUCUAUCCACUGGUUCACUUUUCAAAUGGCCCCAGUGGCCACAGCUGGGCCGAUCCAAAGCCAGGAGCCAGGAGCUUCCUCCAGGCCUUGCACGUGGAUGCAGGGACCCAAGCACUUGGGCCAUCUUCCAAUGCUUUCCCAUGCUAUCAGCAUGGAGCUGGAUUGAAAAUGGAGCAGCUGGGACUCAAACCGGUGCCCAUAUGGGAUGCUUGCACCACAGGCGGAGGCUUAGCCUACUACAUCACAGCACCAGCCUCGAACAUCACCUUUUUUAUAAUAUCAAUGUUGCUAUUUUGAAAUUCAUAGAUAAUAUGCUUUAUUUACACAUUUUUUAAAUUGGCUUAAUUUCUUAAUAGUAAUGUAAAGGAAAAAUGAAAGGGAAGUUAUUGCAAUUAAAUAACAUGUUUUCAAUAUGUAAAUGCUCUAGUGCAAUGAGCUAUCACUUAGUACUCAAAUGCAUGCAUGUGUAAGUAGACUCACCAUGGAUGUGGCAGCUACAAGUCUGUUGUAGUGACAGUCAAAUACCAUGAGCCACUUGGUCACUGAUGAUGUGAUUUUCCAAGGUGGUGAACAACUUUUGGUAAAGUUCUGGACCAAAAGGCUAAUUUUCCUCUAGCUUGCAAUGAUUGAAUUCAUAUAAAAUUUAGUGUGUAUCAAGUCCCUAAUACUCUAUACAAUGUGGAAUUAAAAUGUGAAUUCCUAUCCCCCACCCACCCCAAGAUUUUGACUAAAGGGAUGUAAAAGUCCCAAGAAUCUCUUGAGGUGAUUCUGUUUUAGGCCUUCUGUUUUCUGAAGAAACUGGGGUGGGGAGAAGGGAGGUUAAACUAGAAACCAAAAGCUCAGGUUGAUGAUUCUUAUCCAGUGUAGUGGAAGAAAAAUAAGGAAUCUAGAAUAGGAAUAUCUCAGUUUAAAACACAGUUCUGCUACUUGUAAUUGCCUUAGUACGAAUUUUCUUGGCCAAUUCUACUCAUUUACAAAAUAAGUAUUGCUACUUGCAGUAUGGAGGGAUGGGGCUGUGGUUUGUGGGACUCUUUGAAGUGUAUUUGUUUUGUUUAUGAAGAUUAAAACCCUUUAUAUGGCAGUAUGUAAGAUAAAAUAUAUUAAUUAUGCAAUCUGCUUAUUAUGAUAACAGUAUUAUUCACACCUUAAGAAAAUUAGAUCAGAUUAGGAUUAGGUCACCCCAAAGCCCACUGUUUGAAACCAGAAAGAAAUCUAGCCCACUAUACCCUCCCCUCCCCAAACAAACUAAAACAGAACCAGCUGAGAAUCCAAACACCUAACAGGAUGCUGGCUCCAGUGGGCCCAAGCCAGACCAGUAAUGUGGAUUGGACGUCACCUCACUUUCACUCGACUUAGACCGUCAGCUCCAUCUGUUAUGUUACUCAGGCCUCCAGCCUGUUUGCUUCCUCCUUCCCAACGGACACCUGCCAUCCUCCUUUCUACCUCUGAUGACUUUUUCUCUGGAUUCUUACUGCUCCCAGCACCACGCUCUCUGCCUUCUUGUCCCAGAUUUCGGUCACGUGCUCCCCUCUCAGCCCUCUGUUGGAGAAUCUCUGGGAGUCCUCCAGCAGCGUCCAGGCUCCUCGCUAGGAUGAGGGAAGGCGGACUCCCACUCCCAGGCACGCCGUGGGCUCCCGCAGCUCUGGCGCUGGCCCACACUGCGCCUGGGACCCCGGAACUCCUCGCAUCCUGUUGACUAGCUCUACGCAGCGACCCCCACCUCCGCCUUCCGCCUCACACUUUGAGGCUCCGUUCGUGGUGCUGGCUCCUUUGCCGGCAGUCCCCAGUAUCCCCCUGCACACCACGAGGGGACCUCCCUUGACCACUCCAGCUGCCCGAAACCAGGUCGCCUUUCUUCCUUGGCCUGCGAUGCCCACAUCAGGCAGUCUGGAGCCUUGCACCACGCACGUGUCCACAAGCACUAAGCGCGGCCAACACCUCCCCCGCCCGCACGGCUGGGAGCUCCUCGCCAAGGAAGCUCUUCCCUUGCAGGCGAAACCCGCACCUGUCCUAGCGCGGCGCGCGGAUCGCGAUCCGCUCGUGCAAGGCGCUGGCGCCUAGCUGCAGGGUGCGGGUGCCCGCAGAGCCAGCUGGCAGGAGAGCGAGCUCGAGAGAAGGGAGGGUGGACACCUCCGACAAGCAGAAGCCACGCGGCGGUGCUGGCGGCGGGACUGCAGUGCCAUCUUCCCCCGAGAAAGCCCACACGCUCACACGCCCGCGCACGCACGUGCACACACGGUGGGCAGGGAGAACACAAGCGAGAGCCUCUGAGUGCUGGGCGCGUUUUACUGAUGGCUUCUGCCCUCAACAGCAAAAUUCACCCGCCCGGGACUUCCCCAGGCUCCAAAGCCGACUCUAGCUGUGGCCCCGGCUGGAGAAUGGACUGUGAUCCCGAGAUGCAUGUGAAAAUGUGCAAGAAGAUUGCCCAGCUUACCAAGGUGAUUUAUGCCCUGAACACUCGCCAGGAUGAGGCCGAGGCCAGCAUGGAAGCGCUGCGGGAAGCACACCAGGAGGAGCUCCAAGGCGCUGUGGCUGAGACCAAGGCCAGGCUCCUGCAGGAACAGGCCCGCAGUGAGGACGAAGAGACCCUUCUCCAGCGCAUCCAGGUCCUGGAGAGUGCCCUAGAGCUGCAGAAGAGGUUGACACAGGAGGCACUGGCUGAGUCAGCCACAUGCAGGCUGGAGACCAGAGAGAGGGAGCUGCGGGUGGAGGCAGAGCAUGCUGAGCGCGUGCUAUCGCUCUCCAAAGAGAUGCUGGAGCUCAAGGCUGACUACGAGAAGAGGCUCCGGCACCUGACCAGCCACGAAGUCUCCCAGUGGGGCCGACUUUCCCAGGAGAGCCCAGACGCCAAGGCAGAGCCAGGCCAGGGCCCUGAAAUGCAGGAUGUCCUGCUGGAGGUGGAGCGGCUGCGAGUGGAGAACCAGCAGCUAAGCCAGGACUAUGCCCGCAAGGCUGAGGAGCUGCAGGCCACCUACGAACGGGAAAAUGAGGCCAUCCGGCAGGCCAUGCAGCAGUCAGUGAGUGAGGCCUUGUGGCAGUGGCAGGAGAAGGAGACCGACCUCCGCAAGAACUUCCAAGUCCAGGAGUCAGCUCUGCAGGCCCAGGUCAGGAAGCUGGAAGGGGACCUGGAACACAGAGGCCGCAAGAUAAGUGACCUGAAGAAGUAUGCACAGAGGCUGAAGGAAAGAAUUCAGGACCUGGAUGUGCAGCUCAAGGAGGCUCGACAAGAGAACACGGAGUUGAAAAGCACUGCAAAAAAACUCGGGGAGAAGCUGGCGAUUGCCAAAGACAGACUGAUGUUCCAGGAGUGUCAUGUAACACAGAAAACUGGUGACAUGAAGACUGAGCUAGUUCCAGAGAAUGAAGUCCUGGGGGAAGUGAAUGACUUGGAAUCUUGCAGUCUUCAUUCUCAGCAGGACCAAAGCUUUCUCAAGGAGUGUCCAUGCACCAAAGCAAGCGCAGAGACACAGACCAAGAGAGAUGCAAGUGUUGAGACAGAAUAUAUGAAGCAACGAUAUGAAGAAGACCUUCGUAAAAUCAAAUACCAGACAGAUGAAGAAAAGAAACGUCUCAAAGACCAGCUGGUGAAGCGCCUGGAGGACUUGGUAAAGAAGCACACCCUGGAAAUCAAGUCAGUUCGCUCAUCUGUAGAGGCAGAAAGAAAGAAGCUGCAGAAGGAAGUAGAAGCACAGUUGGAGGAAGUGAAGAAGAAGUCAGAAAAGGAAAUACAGCAGCUGGAAGAAGAGAAAGCGGCCCUCAGUGUGAAGCUCCAACAUUCUCUGCUGGAGGUCUUAAGGCUGGAAGAAUUUAUCCAAGAAAACAAGGUGUGUUCCCGAAGAACCGAGGAAAAGUCCCAGGAAUUAGACUGCCAACGCCACAGCAUUUUGGAGACCCAGGAUCUGUGCUUAAAGCUGAAUGAGCCUUCCCAGACGCUGCCCAGAGGAGAAGAGUAUAAGGGUCAGUUGGCCACCGAAGAAGGAAGCAGCAGCGACGAUGAUGAAAGGAUUGAAGUGCCCCUCAAGGAGGGAAGGGGCCUGCAAGCUCCAGUGGGCUCUUUGCUGAAGGAGAAGGCACCUGAAAUCCAGCAUCUGCAGGGGGACUGGCAGAGCCAGAAGGCCAGACUGCAAGCCCAGGCCACAGAGGAGCACCUGAAGAAGGAAUCCAGCCGCAGCCUGCAGAUCCAACAGCAAGCACACCGGCUGGAGCUUCAGGCCUUGGAGGAGAAGGCGAGUCAAGAGCUGCAGGAGGAGCGUGAGAGGAUGCAGGCACAGCACACCCAGGUGCCAGAGUCCCUCAAGCAAGAGCUGUUGGGGCAGCGGGCAGCUUGCUCCAAGCACCAGCAGGACUUGGAGGCGCUGCGGAUCGAGCUGAAGACUAUGGGCAGCUCGGGCAGACAGCAGGCUGUGACCCAGUGUCUGGGCGACAGUGAGGACCACACCAUCAGCACAGAGGAGGCGGGCAUCUCGGGCCUGGCUGGCUGCCCACCAGACGCCGGCGAGCAGGGGCAGAGCGCCAGGUGCGGGCUGCGGGAGGAGAACGCGCAGCUUCAGGAUGUGGUGCGGCAGUUGCGAGCCGAGGUGGAGCAGCACCAGCAGGAAGCGCUGCAGCUUCGCGACCAGCGCAGGCUGCUAGAGGAGGAGCAGCAAGCCCAACGGGCCAGGGAGGUGGAGACGCUCCGCCAGGAGCAUCGAAAGGAGAUGCAGGCCAUGGUGGCGGAGUUCAGUGGUGCCCAGGCCCGGCUGCAGGCCCGGCUGGCUGUCCUGGAAGCAGAACUGAAAGAUUCGGGAGAGAAGUCAGGGAAGGGAGCGUCCAGGCCUGAGGACCUCCAGCUCAUUGGCCGCCUGCAGACCCGCUUGAAGGAGAAAGAGGAGACCAUCAAGCAGCUCACGGAAGAGAGAAGAUUCUACUGUGCAGCAUUUCCCAGCACAAUGUCUCAUCGGAAUCGGUCCUUUUCUUUUAAUCCUCACCCGGGAUAUUUGACCCCUUCCAUGAAGAAGAAGAGGAUGGAGGAAGUGCCCAGCCGCGUGGUCAGCGUGCCAAACCUCGCCUCCUAUGCAAAGAACUUUCUGAGUGGAGAUCUGAGUUCCAGAAUCAGUGCCCCUCCGAUAACUAAGUCACCCAGCUUGGACCCAAGCCCCAGCUGUGGCCGGCCUUACAAGCCCACUCCGCCUCUAGAGGCGAAAACUGCUACAAGGACACAAGAUGGUGAAACAGCCCAACCCAAAGACGCACAGCAGAAACCAGGCCCUCCGCACCAGGAGUGGUUCACUAAGUACUUCUCUUUCUAAACCAAUCUUUGGGAUACAUCACAAGGACAUUAGAUUUCUUCUGCAAUGUCUGAUCAAAGGAAUGAAAAAACCAAAUAACUUGCUUGUAAUAUGAUUUAUAUAUGAUACAUUUCAUGGUGACUCCAAUUCAUUUAAAAAAAAAAGACAUUAGAUAAAACCAACCAGUGUUACGGAAAAGCAGCAAUAGGACAAUGUUAUGAAUGUCACUAAUGACCUACACAGUGUAUUUCUAGUGUCCAUAACAUCAUAAUCCACUUUGAUGGGUAUCACUUUGUGAUUUCCAUGGUCUGCUUUACAAGUGGUUUCAUUUUUCCUUAGGAUGCCAGUCACUGCCACUGGAAGAGUUGUUUCUAAAUUAAAUGAUGUUAAUUCCAAAAUGCACAUCUAACCUCAAAAGGAACAGGAAUAAAACAAAGCUCAAAAUAAACUGCAAAGCUAUUUAGAAAACAACAAACCUACUAAAAGUGAACUGUGGUACACUUGAAGUGAGCACUCUUGACUUCCUAGGUUUAAGACAGCAGCCAACAAUAGAGGGCAGAACACCUACCUCAAAAGGAGCUUUGUAACAAUUUAACAAGACAAUAUGGUUAAGAUACCAACAUGGGUUGGAAUCUUCUGGGAACAGUCAGGCCUUGUCCCACCAGGCAUCUCAAUUUCUGUGACUGUAGCACCAACUUGGUCAUUUGAAAAUUUCUAGACUGUUCUUUGAAGUCAAAGAUCCACUGAGCAUCUGGUCUUUUGGUCUGGGCCAUUUGUGUUGCUUUCCCACUGCACAGGCUUAGUGGAGUAGAAGGAAAUGGAAAUGACUGUUCAAGGUGCUGACCCUGAUCUCGGCCCAUCUUCUGACCGGCAGAGUGACUUGAUAACACCCAAUACAACUUGUAGUGGGCAAAAUAUUUCUCAGUCCUUUGGUGCUGGCCCAACAAGUGGCCCAUUAACAGAUGUUCAUUCUAUGCUCUUUGCUCUUUGAAUAAAACUAACAACUGGAAAACAAAGAUGGCUGUGACCAGUGUUGUUUUCCCAUAGAAAGGCAAAACAAAUGAAGAAAGAGUAAUUGUGUUUUUUUUAAAAGCACUCAUUUUAGCCAGGCAGUUUGGUACUUUAUAGGUGGCACAGUGACCAUGCUUUGGGCUUUUGUCUGUUGGCUUUUCUGUGUGUGCUUAGAUGAAAUUAAUGAAGAGGCUUGUUUUGUCUAUCAUGGCCUCACAGCAAUGCUAAGGCUGGCAUUUACAGUUCAUGUACAAGAUUAACAUGGCUAAAUGACGUUAGGUCAGCUUCUGGAUGUCAGGUACAGGUGUCUCCCACUCCCAUCCUUUGCAGGGCAAACACAUGUGUAAGAGAAAGCUGAGAGGAAGUAGAAGACAUGAAGAGACUUUGGACUAUGAUGCAGGUUUGACAACUGUGAAAGGCAGGCCAAGGAAAAUUGGGGGAGGAGGGUCAGAUGGCAGAGAGCUCUGAGGUUUUGGCCAGGUACAUGGGAGCCCCAGUGCCAACUGCCCAUUAGAGGGGCCCAUGCAGGGAAGGAAUGCCCUGGGUCCACCACCACUGCUGGACUUAACUGGAGCAACCAGAAGGGGAGAGGAGUUGAAGACUGUGAAGGGGGCGGUGGGCAGGGGCGCUGAGAAAGGAGAUGGCAGCUCAAGAUCAAGGGAAACGCAUUAGAUGGAAGGACAGGACUGUUCUAAGCUGCAGGGUACGAUCCAGCAGAAGGAUGAUGAGAGAGGAGGAAUCACCUAAGGCAGGAAAGCCCUGGAGAAUGCACCUGGCCUGAAGCCCAGAACAAAAACAGGUUUUAUGCAGGGUAGGCACUUCAGCAAAUGAACAGCAAAGGAAGGAAAAAGCUGCUCUGAAGAUGUGGACAGACUUAUCCAAGGUGAGUAGGACGUUAAGGGAGACCCCAGAGGACACCAGUAAAAUCAUUUAUUUAUUCACUCAUGCAUUCAUUUAUUUUUAUUUGAAAGGGCUGCACCAGGCUGAAGCCAGGAGCAGAAAAGUCAACCCAGGUCUCCCAGUGGGCAGCAGGGAUCUAACCACUCAAGUUGUCACCUGCUGCCUCCCAAAGCAGAAAAAACCAGAAAGCAGGAAUAAGGCGUGAAGCCAGGACCUGAACCCGGGCAUUUCCCCAGGCAGUGUCCUAACAGCUACAGCAAGCGCUAGCUCCCACUGAAACACUUUGUGACAGACCUCAGAAUGCUUCCUGUGCUCAUCAAGCAGGAUAUCCUUAAGAAGAAAAAGAUGUUUACAAACUGACAACAUGGAAAAACUGCUAUUUAUUUAAAAGAAAACUUUUCAAUACAAUACAGAAAUGGCAAUAUAAUAAAGAAGUGGCAAUAACUGGCACAUACAUUAGUUCAAAGUAUUUUCACUAAGCACCAACCAGCAUCAUUCUCAAAUCUUUUCAUGAGGAGCACCUUUAUUACUAAGGACUAAUACUUUAAGUUUUUAAUCAAGAAGUUUAAAGCUGCCAAUCAGAGUUCCUAAUUAGCUUUGAGAUGACCAGGUUAACCCUCUUAGAGUGUAAGCAAAAAUGACUUGUAAAAGCUGUGUUUAUAACUGAAGGGAUUCACUGGCUUCAGCUGGGUAUCAGAGCCAAGGGCUAAACAUCGCACACACCAGAAAACUAAGUAGUGAGUAUCAUGUGUCAAUGAUAAAUCAUACAUGGGACUAAUACCUAACUCCAACAGGUCUUCAAGGAUCGACCCACAGACACUGAUUCAACCUUAACCUCCCAGAGUGAAGCGGGCAAGGGCAAGGGAAGAGGUCAAAGUCCUGCGCCCUAGGCUGCAGGAAAGGGCCCCAGGGCCAGGUGGGAAACCAGUGAGCAUUCAAAGCCAGGGAGAACAAAACAGCUAAGACUCAGCCCAGAAGACAGCGCAGUCUACGUUUGGGAGGAGGGACACAACCACUAAGAGAUUCUAUACAUCAGGGAAAGGAAAAGCCCAUUCAACAAGAGGGGAAAAUGUCUCCCUAGCACAGAGGCUCCACAGCUCUUUGGGGAGGCUCAGAGGCUGAGGAUCACCCUGGGGCCCAGCCCUCAGUCCUAAGUCCCAUCCCCUUAAAAUUAAAUUCACAAGCAAAAAGCUUUCUAGAAACUGUCUUUGCUCCAAAAAAGUAAAACACGAACACAGCAAACAAAACUCAAACUAAACGACUAUCAGAGUAAGCUUUAACCCCUGCUACUUCCCCUGCAAGAACAGGAUCCGCCGUUAUCUCCACUGACUUCUGCAGAGCUUGUCAAAACCCAGCAUCUCACUGCUCCUGCUACAUCCUCUCCCAAUGAAAGUAUGCACCACACUAAACACAAACACACCCCACAUAAAAGCCAGAGUGAACUUAAGGACCCCUGGAAUAUUACAACCCUAACCUAGGGUAUUUAAUCCUCUUCUGACCUAUUUACAAAAUACCAACUUCUGUAACACUCCGGAAGCAUUGCAGACUUGGUUGCAUUAGAUUCCUCUUUUUGAGGUAGUUCAAAGUCUGAACACAAUUUAGAUAUGUUUCUAAAUUGCCUGAGGAGAAAUUAUCCUAAAAGGCCUAAGCAAAACCCCUUUCCCCUGAUUCUCAGACUACAGUAAUUCUUUUUCUCAGAUCACAUAAACUAACUUAACAAAUGUAAAGAGGAUGAAAAGUCAUACAAAAAAUACAAAAAAAAAAAAUCGUUAAGAGUCUGCAGUGUCAUCACAC